ACGAAGUUAGUCGAUUGCGGAGUCAUGUUCAAAGAAGCAAAUGUUUCAAUAAAGUAAUUUCGUCUGUGAAACAGAUUCGUCACGGCUAUUGUACCAGGAUAACCAUCAAGAAGUUUAGUUUUAUCGAAAGUGAGAUUCGCACAUAUGGUAUGAUCUGAAUAAAAAAAAAAUUCAUGGUGUAUUAAUUAUAAAAUGAAUAAUAAUAUAAAUGAUGGCUAAGGUAUUUACCGUUAAUAAAAGAUUGAGUGUAGAAGGUCACUGGUCGUUGAAGGUCGUCAAACCAAUUUUUCUCAAUUUCAAUCCAAGGAUCGGGAGCUCGUUUUGUGAAAGGAUUCAUCGGAAUAUGGUUGAUAUGAUGAGAGGAUUUUUUUUCGUCGCCGCUGGUUUAAUUGAUUUGUAUGUAAUUACUCUGCCUGCAGAUGAUUUACAUGAUCUUAGUACGAAAAUAUCUUUAGGAAUUUAUGAGUCGAAUUGGAUUGGAAGUUCUUUGUCAGUACAAAAGUCAUUAAUUAUAAUGAUGUGUCGCGCACAAAAGCCACUUGUCAUUAAUGUCGAAGGUAUUUUGCCUGCACUUACUUGCCAGUUUUAUGCAGCCUCUAUAUCAUUCAUUGUGUCUUUUUUGAUGACACUCCGGGCAUUGGUAUUCGAAAAAUAAAAAAAAAACAAAACAAAGAUAUAAUUAAAACUCAGGUAAAAAUGGCUGUAAAAUUCCUGGAUUUUUGCAGGUGUUUUUUUAUUUUAAAUCGUCUCACUUUAUUAAGCGAUUGAUUGUCAUAUAUUUUUUUUUUUCAAA